AUGCCCCCGGAGUGGCCGCGAGGGCGGCGCGUCCUCGCCGUCGGCCUCACCAUCUUCAUCAUCACCGCGACGUCGCCGCCAUCUCUCCGGCACCGAUCGGGGCUCGACAUCAGCAUGCCCCGGCGCGACCGUGCUAGACGGCGCGUCGUGGUCGUCGUCUGCCCUCGGUCUGCACGCUCGCAGCUCCGCUUUGCUCCGCCGCUGUCCCGAGCACCUCCGGUUUCUGUGCAUACACGCGUUUGCUUGCUUCCGCUCUUCUCUGCCCGCGCGAGCGCGCUGCCCCGCUGGCUCACCUCCGCUUCGCUCCACCCGCUCGCGUCCUGCCCCUACGCGCCGGCCACAGCGCUGCUCCACUCGGUCGCCGCUGCGCACCUCCAGCCGAUCCCUGGCCUCUGUGCCGCCGGUGCGACCUCGACCGCCUGCGCGCCGCUCGGCCCCGCACGCCCGCGCGACGCCCAUCCGCAGAUCCACCCCGGAGAGCCUCCGCCUCCUGCGCGUCGGUCGCGGCCUCGACCGCCUGCUGGCUACAUCCGCCUCGCCCUGGAAGACAGCUGGCUCCAGCCAGCCGCCCUCCUUCUCCGCCGUCUCCGCGCAAGCCGGCCUCCGCGUUCAGCCGCGCUCCUCUGGCUCCGUGCCCGUGCCCCGGCCUCCGGCCCUGCACGUGCACCCGGCUGCUUCGUCCCCGCGCCGUCUGAUCGCGCGGAUCCCGCUCCGCCUCGUGCGCGCCUGCAGUCGGCCUCGCCGGGCUCGCCUGUGUCCGCGCGCCUGAUCCGGCUGGCAGCUGCCGCGCUCGGCCUCCGCCUUCGCGCCCGGCCUCCAGCCGCUCCCGCACGCCCGGUCCGCCUGCUUCGAGUCCGCAUCCCGCGCGACUCGCUCCCCUUUCUGCGCCCCGCGACCGGCUUCCCAUGCCUGGGCAGCCUGCUUCGCGCCCGCGUGCCGCGCCAGCUUCUCCUCGCCCGCGCUGGCUCCACCUGUGACGCCCCGCCUCGCAGUCGGCUCCGCCUGUCCCGCGCCGUCCCGGCCCACGGCUGCACACCCCGGCCGCCCCUCCGCCAGCGCGGGUGGCUCCGCGCCCGCAGCACAUCGCGCCGCGCCCCCCCUGCCGGGUCGCCGGCGCUGGCGCCGCCCUCGGCCCCUGCGUGUGCUGGCUGCUCGCCGCUCCAGCCGGCCUCCGCGCGCGCCCGGUGCCCGCCUCUCCAGCCGCCCGCAACGGCCGGGUGCCCAAGGAAGCAGGGCCGGCUGCCCAGCCGGCUGAAGAAAAGAAAAGUCAAGCCGGAUGCUAAAAAAAGGAAGCGGGACAUUCUCUUGGUUGAGCUGUUCGACUGA